AUGCCAUCCAUAGCCCAAGAAGCAAUUCCGUUCAUUCUCAGUCACUAUGACAGUUACGCUACGGAAACAAAAACCAAUCCCAAAUCCAACAGUCCGCCUCUGGUCAUCUAUGUCUCCGGCCCACAAGGCUCUGGUAAAACUUACUCGUCCAAAGCCAUAAAAGAGCUUUUGAAAUCUGCGAGACCCAAGUUGGAAACGAUCGUUGUGUCAAUCGAUGACUUUUAUCUGACACACGAUGAUCAGUGCCAGUUAGCUCGAACCUUCGCCGACAAUACCAUGCUUCAAGGUCGAGGACUUCCGGGAACGCACGACAUGCAGCUUCUCGCUAACUUUAUGCAUGGUGUGCAGAGAAACGAAGGUUCUCUGCAUAUACCUACAUAUGACAAGUCACGAUUCGGCGGCGAGGGAGACAGAGUAAACUCUCUGCGCGAAGUGAGCUUGCCCGUCGAUUUGGUUAUCAUCGAAGGAUGGUUCCUUGGCUUUGAGAGUACUUCGGAGGAGAAGAUUGCCGCUAUGAGGAGCGAGAAAAACACACGGCGAGGAGAAAUUCUCCGGACUCAUUCUCUGCAGAACUUUAUUCAAAUCAAUAACUCCUUUCAUCAGUAUGCACAGACACUGUGGGAUAAUUCCAGGUCACCAUCGCUUGGAGUCGUAAUAUCCGCGGAUGUUCAAAACAUUUACGAAUGGAGACAAGAACAGGAAACUCACUUGAUCUCGGAAAGUGGGCAUGGAAUGAGCAAUGAGCAAGUGAAGGCAUUCGUAUUGCGAUACAUGCCCUGCUAUGAGAUCUAUUAUCCCUUGCUGAAAACAGGAGGCAACUUUGGUACUCGUGGAACUUUGAUUGUGAGCAUUGAUAAAGAGAGGGAUGUUGUGGGUUUGCGGGAAAAACAAGGCGCCUAG